AACAUAAAGGUCAAGAAACGACUCCGCUCCGAUUUCUCUCUCUCUCUCCAUUUUCUCUUUUGGUGGUCGCAUAAGAAUCAGAGACGAGAAAGCGAGGAGAGAGAAAGUGUUUGAGAAGACCAUUCUGACCUUCGUCGUCGGAGGGCUUCUUCCUCAUCGACUUCCUCUUUCUCGCCUCAUAACUUCGCUGGUCGAUCGCCAUGAACGAGAAGGCCAACGUUUCCAAGGAACUUAACGCCAAACACAGAAAGAUAUUGGAAGGGCUUCUUAAAUUGCCAGAGAAUAGGGAAUGUGCUGACUGCAAGGCUAAGGGUCCAAGAUGGGCUAGCGUGAAUUUGGGAAUCUUUAUAUGUAUGCAGUGUUCUGGGAUCCACAGAAGCCUGGGAGUGCACAUAUCAAAGGUGCGUUCCGCUACAUUGGACACAUGGCUCCCGGAACAGGUUGCAUUUAUCCAAUCAAUGGGAAAUGAGAAGUCUAAUAGUUAUUGGGAAGCGGAGCUACCUCCAAAUUAUGACAGAGUGGGGAUUGAGAACUUUAUACGUGCAAAGUAUGAAGAGAAAAGAUGGGUUCCUAGAGAUGGAAAACCAAGAUCUCCUUCUAGAGGACAGGAAGAAAAGACUUCAAUGCAUUGGCCAAGACCAAGUGAGAGAACUGGGCAUGGGUAUGCAGGCAGUUCGGAAAGAUUGUCCGAGGAAAGGAAGAACAUCCAAACGCCGCCUACUAGAAAAGAAAGCGUUCCCGCUGCAAGAAUAAGCGUUCCUGUUCCUCCUAAAGUGCCUGAACAAGUCACUCCUGUUCCAAAACCGCAAGAAGUUCAAAAAGUAGAACCAGUUGUCCAACAGCCUGAAGCAACAAAGCAGGCUGCUGAUACAACUCCUGUUGCCACCCCUCCGAAAGUUGAUUAUGCUACUGACCUUUUCAACAUGCUAUCCAUGGAUGGUCCAAAUGAAAAUGGUUCAGAGACGGCAUCUGCUGAUGAUAAUGCCUGGGCAGGUUUUCAAUCUGCUCAAGAAGCAUCAACAGCUGAGAAAACUGUUCCACCAAAACCAGUUGAGAGCAGUAACAAGUCUAAUUCUGGACUUGAGGAUCUCUUUAAAGAUACACCUAUAAUUACACCAUCUGUUUCUGAAAAUCCCCAAAAGGACGUGAAGAAUGAUAUCAUGAGUCUAUUUGAGAAGUCAAAUAUGGUCUCUCCGUUUGCUAUGCAUCAACAACAACUUGCAAUGCUCGCUCAGCAGCAGUCCAUUCUAAUGGCUGCUGCUGUUAAAUCUGCUGGUGCAGAUCCAAAAUUCCCUGUCAAUACGCAACAACCCUUGCCUAACGGUACCAAUAUACCGAUUCAAGGUUGGCCUAACAUGGUCUACCAAAUUCCUGGAAUGAUGAUGCCCGUGGCUGGUCAAGGUGAUCAGCAGAAAGUUGCACAGGCAAGAAACUUGGGAUCAUCGAAUCUAGUUGGGACCUCUGUACCAUAUUCCACAUCUGGCUUCUAUGGUGUGGGCCAAGUCCCAUCGACCAACGGCGUAACAUUCACCGGAGCUAGUAAAACGCAAUCACCAUCUCCAAUGUCAUCUGCAUCUCCUACACAAUCGGCUAAAGAUUAUGAUUUUUCCUCUUUGACACAAGGGUUUUUCUCUAAACAAUGAGUAGCCAUUAUGCCGCGCUUCUCAUCACACUAUACAGAAAUAGUUGAAUUACAGAGCACUUAUUUUCUUUCAUUUUUCUAUUUUUAUCUUCACUUUGGGAUUGUAAGCUAUUUGUAGAGGCCAGUUUUUCGCUUUUUCUAUUCUCUGGGCGUCUGCAUCAUUUGUAUGAGUAGGUGUAAUCUGAAGUAAUAAGACGAGUUUAUAUUGAUUGAACUUUCUUUCCUCUUC